AACUUAACUUCAUUUGACACAAGCAAAAAGUUGUCAUAUUUCUUCCAAGCUUAGUAGUUUCUUUGAAGUGCAUUAAUAAAUAAAUAUGUAUAAUAAAAUGUAUUAUAAAACGUAAAAUGAAUCAAAUGAACAUUUAAUAAAAUUUAUACAAUAAAUUUAACACAAUUUUUGGCAGAAAUCGAAUUGCUUUCAGUUGAAUGUCAAACACGCGUCUGCAUCAACGCCAGCACAUUUACGAGAAAAAAAGUACAAAAGAUUUUGAGUUUUUGUAAUAUAUACGUAAUUAAAUAGCAAUUUCAAAAAAGAAAGUAAAUAAAAGAAAUGGAUUUCCAACAACCACCACCUUCAAUUGAUGUUACACAACCACCACCACAAUUGACUGCACCGUCUGCGUUAGCUACUAAUACCACUUCCAUACCUCAAACUGCAGGACCACCACAUCAUCGUAACUACUUCCAUCAACAUCAUGGAGGUACAAAUAAACCAGGUCAUGCUUAUUUUAAACCAUUUGCUCCAAAACCGUAUGGCAUGACACAAGACGACUUCGAUGGAAAACGUUUACGCAAAAGUGUUAUGCGUAAAACAGUUGACUACAAUGCGUCCAUUGUUCGAGCUUUGGAGACACGUCUAUGGCAGCGAGAUUACCGUGACCGACAUGCAAUGGAACCUGAAAAUAUAUAUAUACCCGAAUUAAUGCCGCCGUCCAGCUAUUUAGAUAAUCCAUCUAAUGCAGUAACUACACGAUUUGUCAAAACUGCCACGAAUAAAAUGCGUUGCCCUAUAUUCACGUUAGCUUGGACGCCAGAAGGUAGACGCUUAGUGACUGGUGCAAGUUCUGGCGAAUUUACUCUAUGGAAUGGUUUAACUUUCAACUUUGAAACAAUUUUACAGGCUCACGAUGUUUCGGUGCGUACUAUGAUUUGGUCACACAAUGAUAGUUGGAUGGUUACAGGCGAUCAUUCUGGCUAUGUGAAGUACUGGCAGUCCAAUAUGAAUAACGUUAAAAUGUUUCAAGCUCACAAGGAGGCAAUUAGGGGAAUAAGUUUCAGUCCCAACGAUAGUAAGUUUGUGAGCUGCAGCGAUGACGGAACACUGAGAAUUUGGGAUUUCUUACGUUGCCAAGAGGAACGUAUUUUAAGAGGCCAUGGUGCUGACGUUAAAUGUGUUCACUGGCAUCCACAAAAAGGUCUUAUUGUUUCAGGAAGUAAAGAUAAUCAGCAGCCAAUUAAGUUAUGGGACCCAAAGAGUGGUAGCGCCCUAGCAACAUUACACGCACAUAAAUCAACUGUAAUGGACUUGAAAUGGAAUGAUAAUGGCAAUUGGCUGGUUACCGCUUCGCGUGAUCAUUUGCUCAAACUAUUUGAUUUGCGGAAUUUACGAGAAGAAGUACAGAUCUUUAGAGGUCAUAAAAGAGAAGCCAGCUCUGUUUCUUGGCAUCCUACGCAUGAGGGACUGUUUUGUUCUGGUGGCUCUGAUGGUUCAAUACUGUUUUGGAAUGUGGGUACCGAUAAGGAAAUUGGUAGUAUAGAAACUGCACAUGACAGUAUUGUGUGGACCUUGGCUUGGCAUCCCUUAGGUCAUAUAUUAUGUUCAGGCUCUAAUGAUCACACAAUUAAAUUUUGGACACGUAAUCGUCCUGGUGAUCUGAUGAGAGAUAAAUACAAUUUAAAUACUCUACCUGCUAGCUUAGCAGCAUUGGAUGAUUGUGAAUAUGAUGAUGCUGUCAUACCUGGUAUGGGUCCUGAGGAUAAAGUUGAAUUUACUGAGAGCCUUACUGCCGAUAAAGGUUUCAUUCCCGGUCUUGAUUUAGAUCCAUCAAAAAUAUCCGACAAAGAUAAAGAAAAGAAAGUUCCCUACAGUAAACCAAUACCGCAUAAUUUUCAAGCACAAUGGGCCGGCACUCGACGUCAGGAUGAAACUGGCAACAUACAUGAUGAAUUGGCUGCACGUGAAAUAAAAGAUACAAGCGGCUUAUCACCAGAACAAGUUAGUGAAAAUGUCAUCGAAGGUAUGUUAGCAAGUGGUGUACUUACUUCCAUCGAUCCACAAGCAAUUGUUGGCAUAUUAGUCUACAAUCGAUUUAUACGCGUUCAUCCAGAUUCAAGACUUAUGAUUGCAGUACGUCAAGGUCCUGAGUAUCUUAAUAAAUAUCUUGAUGCCGGUAAAGUGGAUGAGUUAAGAGAUGUAAUAUCCCCACCUGACCGAUCACGUUCAAAUUCACCUACCUUAGAAGGACGCGAAAGUUCACCACCAAUAAAAAAAUCACGUUUUGAUAGUACUCGUCAGCAUAAUCCACAAGUUGUAUAUGCACGUGAACUAUUAAGUCUUAAGAAACCAUUUAUGCCUUGUCUACUGUCAUUUAAAUCACAACUAAUUAAAACAGAAAAUAUCGAAGAAUUUGAAAAUCCAACAAAUUCGUUCCCAAAACAUCCACCAUUUCCGCAACAUAAUCAACCGUUUCCACAGCAACCAUUUCAACAACCACAACAGGUUACACCAAAUAGACCUAGUCCAUGGGCGGCAGGUUUUGCGCCAUCACCAGGUCCAUGGGGACCUGGAAACGUUUCAAAUCAAAAUGGUUUUAAUAACAACAAUAAUAUGGGCAUGGGACAGAAUUCAAAUACUUUUAAUAGUAAUAUGGGUUCAAAUAUGAACUCAAGUGGACCAAAUCAAAAUGGCUAUAACAAUAACAACAGUAAUAUGAGCCCCUUUAAUGGUCAACCUUUUGGUGGUAAUGGUAAUGAUUACGGUGGCAACUUUGGUGAUAACGAUAACAAUUAUGGUGAUCGUGAUUUUCACAAAAAUGGCUCCAUGGCUAGUCCAGGAAACAACAAUAUGCAUAAUAAGAAUAAUAUGAAUAAUAAUAAUAUGCGUCGUAGUAAUAUUCGUAGAGGUGUGGGGGGCGGUGGUAGUCGAAAUCGUGGGCGCAAUACCAAUAGACGAUUUUAAAAAGAAGGUAUUAACUUUCAUCAUAAUUUUGAGUUUUUUAUAAUGUAAUAAUGGAGACUUUUAAUCAUCUGAGCUGAUUUUCGCUCGAGCUUAGUUGUUCUAAUACUUCAAUAAUGUAAUUUUAAAUAAAUGUAGUUAUUUAACAAUUAUUAUUUAAGAAAUCAUGAAAAAGCGAUUUUAAAUAUAUUUUAUUGCUCUAAAUUGAUAUCAUAUUGUCCUAUGGGUCAUUUGUACAAAAA